UUUUAUUGCCCUGCUGGGCUCUGUGUGUGUGUGUGUGUGCGUGUGCAGGAGCUACAGCCCUGCAUAUACCUUGUCCGUGACGUCACAGGUCCCAGGUGUGGCACGGGGGUAGAACAGGUAGGCUGUUGUUGUUGUCGCGCGCAGUUUGCAGACUACCGUUUGGUGGAACUGUGAGCGGAAAAAAAAGAAAAAAGGUGGGAAACAUCAGCGGCUUGUUUGGGCUCAGGAAGGAAGUUUGAUGCAGGAAAAAGCGAUGACAGAGCUAUAAUUAUCUCCAAGUGCGCUCUUUUUUCUUCCUCCCCUCCAAAGACCUCACACGGCCGGUUUGAAGAAGAGACUCCGCCGCGGAGCUGUCUGCAAACAUGGAGGAACGCUGCUGAAAAACGAGUUUGCACAGUAUUUUAAACUUUAGUAUUUCACAUCAGCUCCUUAGCUCGCACUUUGAGCUGUUGGUUUGUUUUUAUAGUUUAGUCGAAUCAAUAUUUAUGCGCCUGGAACCAGUCGGAGACAUCAGCACUCUCUUCCUGUUGGAGGUUUAGGACCGGAGCAGCGAUGGGGGACAUCGACCUCGAGCAGCAGGAGCCGUUUCCCGUGGACAGAGAUGGGAAGCCGUUCAGGAGCGGAGCAGAUCAGCUGGACGGCGACAGAAAACUCGGAUGCUGCGAGAAGUUCCAGCUGUCCGUCUCCAAGUGGAUGCUACCGGAAGACGCUCGCAGCAAAUACCUGGAGCGGGCCAACUGCUGCCCGCCUCCCAUCUUCAUCAUCCUCAUCAGUAUUGCAGAGUUGGCAGUGUUUAUCUACUAUGCUGUGUGGAAGCCUCAGAAGCAGUGGGUGACCCUGGAUGAAGGCAUCUGGAACAGCCCUCUUACAUACAAGCCCGAGUCCAGGGAGGAAGCAUGGCGCUUUUUCUCCUACAUGUUUGUCCACGCCGGUGUGGAGCACAUCGUGGGAAACCUGGUGAUGCAGCUGGUGCUGGGAAUCCCACUGGAGCUGGUCCACAAAGGAUUUGAAGUGGGAAUGGUUUACCUAGCAGGUGUCCUGGCAGGUUCUUUGUGUAGCUCCAUCUUUGAUCCUCUCAGUGCUUUGGUGGGAGCUUCUGGGGGUGUUUAUGCCCUAAUUGGAGGUUAUUUUAUGAAUGCAGUGGUGAACUUUCGAGAGAUGAUUCCUCUCCUUGGAGUGUUUCGUAUCCUCGCCAUAGUGAUUUUUGUUGGCAUUGAUUUCGGAUUUGCCUUCUACAGAAGAUUUGUCAACGACGAGGCUGGUUUGAAGGUGUCCUUUGUGGCUCAUUUUGGAGGAAUUUUGGCCGGGAUGACCAUCGGCUAUGUCUUCUUCAGCGCCUACAACAAGAAGCUACUUAAAGACCCACGUUUUUGGCUGUGUAUAGUGGGCUAUAUAGUCUUUGUGCUGGUUGCUGUGAUCUUCAACAUCUGGCUAACCCCAGCAACAUAAACCUGCACUCGCUAAUAUUUCUUUUUAAAGUUAACACUAAAAGCUUUAACGCCACACUCAGGAAACUGUAUUUUACUGUCGUGUUUCAGAGCAAAAGCUGCUCAUCAGGGACUUUGUGAAUGUCAUGCACAAGGUUUUUAUUUUAUUUUAAUUUUUUAAUUUGACAUCAGUUUCCUCUGUUUAUAGCUGAGUUCAAGGUAAACAGUGCCUUCUGCUGUCAGUGUGUGGCAUUGCAGAAGGAAUAUUUUAUAUUUUAGACAAUGUUGAGGAAAACGUGCCUUUAAAAAGUUAAUUUACAAGUGAAUUAAAUGUUAUAGAUUUGAUCUCUUCUGUAAUUGAGGCUAGAUAUUUUUCAAAUUUUCAUGAAUAAUUGGUGAAUACACUAUUAUUCUUUAAUAGGAAAUAAUUCUCAGACUCUGUGCUUCUUCUGUUUUAUGUUUCUGGACUUUCAGUGUUCACGAAAUGUGCCUUAAAUGUGGUGAAAUCUCCUCACUGCAUUAAACACAAUUUUAUGAAGACAUGUCGACAGGAAAAAAGAGUUUUGUAAGCACGGGUUGGUGGGUUUACCAUCAGGCCUUGGCUUAAUGCCCCAUUAUUGUUUCAGUCGCAUCCUGUUGACAGGACAUUGCUGAUUACAUGUUGUCAAACUGAUUAAUUGAAUAUCCGGCUUUUGGAAACACCGGGUACUGUUGUUGUGUAAUUAAAGAGUGGUUGGUAUCGGACAAAUCUGCCACUUAACUGGUGAACAUUAAACAUAAAUCCUAGUUUAGUAAACGUACAUAUCACUGUUGUAUAUCUGGUAUGAGGUACUGGUUGUAAUUUAUAACCACAUCUUCAUUUAGAAAAUGUGUUUGACUCAUCCAAGAUUAAAGUUAAACUAAAACCAAAGACCUCCUACACUUAAAUUAGCAUUUCCACAGCUUUAUGUUUUAAAAGUUUUUGUUUUUAAAAAAAUAAAAUUUGAUGUUUUUAA